CCAGUAUACAAGCGGAAAUCACCAGGGGCAAUUUACAUCAUGGCUGGCUCAUUAGGCCACUUACAGAUUCUUUCUUUUGACGAACUCUUCUUCCAUAUAUAUAUAUACAUAUAAUUACUUCAUUCAUUCAUUGAAAGGGUUUGACGUUUACUUCCCAAAUUGUUAAGCCACUCUUUGCAACAUUUGGAGGGUAUAUAUGGGAUAUUGAAAGAAAUUGACUAGGGACUAAUUAGAAAACAUAAUCAUCCACACCCAUCUUCCCUGACACCCAUUCCAUUACUUCAUUGCAUUAUCACUAAUAUUCUUUGCAUUUUUCACUUUCAUUGUGGUUGUCACUCAUUUAAUUAAACCAUACUUUCUCUUUUACCACAUUGCAUUAUAAUGACAUCUAUUAACAAAACCGCUCCAUUACCAUACGAAGAUGAGCCCAUGUACGAAUACAAUUCAUUCGUUAGACCAACAUCUUACGAAACUGACGAGGAAAAUAGUGCUUACCACCACAAUAUCAACAAUAUCAAGAGAUCAAAAUCUUGUACGAGGCUACCAACACAACUUACAAGAUCCCCUUCCGUCAAACGAUUCCAUAGAAGGAGGAGGGCAUCCCCAAAAUCAUCUUUACUUGCAUCUACCCCACUUUCCAUUCAAACACAUCAUAUGCUGUAUGAAACUGAAUUCAGUGAACAAGAGUUUAGUUUCAGUGAGGAUUCGUAUGUGAAUUCUCCUCUCAAUUCAUCCGGUUCUGACUCAGACUUAGAGUCUCUUCCAGAUACAGAACAGAGUACUCCAAAUACCUCUCCUUUAUACAACUCAAAUAAACUUCACGAUUUUCCUUUCAUCUUGUCAAACUCAGCAAAGAAAAGUAAGGCAUAUUUCUUCGAUCAACAACAAGAAAUCAAAGAACAACAGGAACAAUUGCUUUACCAUCAACAAAUACAACAAACACAACAGCCAUCUAUAUUUGAAAUCCCUGAAAUUGUUCAUAAAAUCAUCAAAUUUGCUGAUCUCCAAAGUACUAUAAUUCCACAAGAAGGUACAACAAUUAGAAGGAAACCACUUUCACUUAAACAUGCAAUGUUAAUCUACGGAAACUCCGAGGAUGCUGAGGCUGCCAUGAAAGACAAACGGUCACAGUCGUCAGUGCAAGAACAUGGAAUCUUGUACAACUGUCUCAUGGUUAACAGAUUAUUUCAUGAAAUCACCAAAGAAAUAAUCCAAUCUAAAUUCUUCUUCAGUUCUGAGCCACUUUUCCAAAACUACAUACAAACACAUUCUAAAUCAACCGUAUCCCCGGAACUGAGGCCAAACCCUUCCAUGGUAGUAUUCCACAAAUUAUACCUGACCAAGUCAGCCGCUCUCGACGUUGUCAACAAACAAAUUGGCUACAAGAACUUGGAAUGGGUUGAAUUCUACAUGUGUCCUAAAUUACUCCCAUCAUUAUCUAUGUUUGAAAAUGGGUUCAACAUUAAAAAAUUUGUUGUGACUGGUUCAAAAGUUAUGGAUGAUAGUCUUUUAAUCCAUGUUUCCAAAAAGUGCCGUCAUCUUGAAGUACUUGACGUACGGGCUUGUGAGUUGAUCUCAGAUUCAGGUGUGUACAGCAUUGGGAAAUAUUGUAAAAGAUUGACAAGUGUCAAUUUUGGGAGAAAAAAGAAGGGACACCUUAUCACUGACAAUAGUUUAUCAUUAUUAGUGAGGAAUAAUCCUAAUCUUAACACAAUUGGAUUAGCUGGAUGUAAUAUUACUGAUAAGGUACUUUGGGAAAUUGCUAUUGUAUGCAAUCGCUCAGUGGAAAGAUUAUCACUUAAUAAUUGCACCCAAAUAACAAACCAAUCUAUUCCUUUAAUUCUUCAUAGUAACUACUUUCCAAAUUUAUCAGUAUUGGAGCUAAGAUUUGUUGAUCAACUCACCAACUUCAUGCCGAUAAUAGAGUUUAAAAGAAGACAAGAAUUAAGAGGAAUUACAACCCUUAUUGAAGUUUGUGAGGUUCUUUGCACAAAAAUGCAAGAGCAAGAACGUGAAAUGGAUAGAGCUAUUUCCAAGCGUAUUUUUAGAGAUAUACUUGACUGGGUAAACGAUACCGAUGAUGAUGUUUCUCAUCAUAGUCUCAUUAGUGCUAGAAAUAGUAUAGCCAGUGCUACACUGAGAGUUGCAUAG